GCGAGCGAGAGAGAGCGAGCGAGAGGUGCGCACAAGCGGAGCGUGGUAGCAGCACGUGUGUGCAGCGCACAUCCCCGGGAGAUUCGUCCCGAGCUCCUGCGAGUUGACACCACCCAUCCCAAACACCCCCACACACCCCACAUACACACCCCACACACACCCCACACACACACCUCUCUCUCCAGCACAAACCCCUCGUAACCUCGUGCGCGCUUUUUUUCUUCAUUUAUUUGCUCCUGCCUCGCCGUCGACUGCCGCGCGCGCCGAUUUUUUUUUGCUUUACCGCAAACGGCACAUCGCGUUCGUUUCGCGGGGACACAAUUCUUGAAGGUCACCCGGUUAACGACUCUGGCUGCUCGGGGAGGGACGACGCACGGCUGAGACUGGGAGAGCGAAGCGAUGGGAGACCACGGAGACGGAGGGACCUUCCGCGAGACGUGAACUUCGUUCUCUGGAUCGCUGGCGAUCGGAUCGGGGGGGGGGGGGAGGAGAUUGCGCCUCCGACGCAAAGCGCGGAAUUUUUUGCGGGCGUUGAACAGAGAGGACGAAAGCUCUGCUGGCCGGGCGAGCACGGUGUGGGGAAUUCAUCUCCAUCGAAGGCCGGGGAGGGUGAAAACAAGGCGUCGAUGAUGACAUUUGUUGCAACUUGGCCUCGGCGGAUUACGUCCCAGCGUCGCGAGCCGGACGUUUAAUUCCACGUGCGCACAAGGUACAAGGGCGAUUGCUCAGGCCACCUCGCUUUGCCGAUCGCUGCGUCUCCGUCGCUGAAACGUGCAGCUUGCGAGAUUCUGAAAAUGGCUUCUCCGUGAUCAUCGACCGGCGGAGAGAUCGCUGGGCAGCCGUGAAGGCGGCGCUCACUCGCAUUGCGACAUUCUUCCCCGCCGAUCUGCGCCUCGUGCUGGUGCUGAGGCCAGCUGCGUUCCUCCAGAGGCAGAUCUCGGAGCUGGGUGUGCGGCUGAGUCGUGAUGACUUUAAAAUGAAGGUACCGCUCAUCAUGCUCAACUCGGUGUCAGAUCUGUGCGAUUACAUCGACAGCGAGGAGCUGAGUGCGGAGCUGGGCGGCACGCGCGAGUACUCUCACAGGCGCUGGGUUCAGCAGCGAACGGCGAUCGAGGACUUUGCUCUCACGGUGAAGGCCACGGCUCAGCUGCUGCAAACGUUUGGCGCCGACCUGGCCGAGAUGGAGUUGCCCCAGGACGUGCCGAGCACUCGGGCCUUGCUGGGCGCCCACGCCGGAAAACGCUGCCAGCUCAAGGACGAGAUGCAGAUGGCUGUGGAGGAGGGCAACGGCCUCAUGGCCUCGAUCGAGGACUGCAGCGACAGUGACUCGAGCGGAGACUCAGACUCGGAGCGCGCGGAGAACAUCUCCACCGUGCAGAGGCUGCUGACCCAGCUGUACGAGACGGAGGCCGCCUUCGAUGAGUUCUGGGAGAAGCAUCACCUGAAGCUGCAGCAGUGCCUGGACAUCAGGCACUUCCAGGAGGAGUUCACCGAGGUGGCAGUGGCGCUGGGCGAGCUGACGCACCGGCUGGCCGAGUUGCCCGACCUGGCCGAGAGUCGCUCGCACGCCGAGAGAGUCCUCCGGGAGCUCGCGUCGCUGCAGCAGCGCGGUCAGGAGUGGCUGGGCAAGGUGACUACGCUCGCCUCGCGAGGGGAGGAGCUCAUCGAGGCGGACAACCUCUUCGCGGAGGACGCCCUCGCGCUGCCCUGCCAGGAGCUGCAGCGCAUCUCGCUGGAGUUCUCCGAGGGUCACGAGCGCAAGAGCCGCUCGCUCGGCCUCUCGCUCGAGCUGGAGAAGAGGCUCGAGAAGGCGAUGGCGUGGUGCGAGCGGGGGGUGUACCUCCUCGCCUCGCAGCCCGUGGACCGCUGCCAGUCCCAGGAAGGGGCCGAGGCAGCGCUGGCCGAGAUCCACGCCUUCCUCGAGUCGUCGCACGAACACCAGCUGGGCGACACGUCGCCCUUCGACGCCAUCCUGACCUCCGACCUCUCCGAGCGCGUGGAGGUGCUCCACCGGAAGGUGACGGAGGUGAGGGACAUGUUCGAGAAGCGGCGGCAGGGCCUGCGCAAGCUCGCCGCCAAGCAGGCGCGGCCGGUGCAGCACGUGGCGCCGCGGCCAGAGUCCCCGCGGCACUCGCCCAAGAGCUCGCAGGGUGCUGUAAGGAGAGGUGUGGACAAGCAGGCGUGCGCUGAGAUGGACCCCGCCAAAAAGAAAGGCCUCAAAAAGAUGAAAAGCACACCAAAGAUCGAGGUGGUGCACGACGAGAGCCAGGGCGGCUCGCCGAUGGCGGUGGCGGGCAGCGACAGCGAGGAGAACACCUUGACACGCAGACGGCACAUCAUGAACGAGCUCAUGGAAACCGAGAGAGCGUAUGUGGAAGAGCUUCUCUGCAUAAUUGAGGGCUACGCGAACCACUUCGAGGACCCGGAGAUGGAGUGCCUCAUCCCGGCUCAGCUGCGAAACAAGACGGAGGCGCUUUUCGGCAACUUGCCGGAGAUUUACUCCUUCCACAACAGCGUGUUCUUGCGCGAGCUGGAAGCGUACGUUGACCAACCGGAGCUCAUCGGAAGGUGCUUCCUACAAAGAAAAGAAGACUUCCAGAUUUACGAGAAGUACUGCCAGAACAAGCCCCGCUCGGAGGCCGUGUGGAGGCAGUUCGCCGAUGCCGCUUUCUUCCAGGAGUGUCAGCGCCGUUUGGACCACAAGCUCGCCCUGGACUCGUACCUCCUGAAGCCGGUGCAAAGGAUCACCAAGUACCAGCUCCUGCUCAAGGAGAUGCUCAAGUGCAGCAAGAACUCGGCGGGAACGCAGGAGCUGGAGGAGGCCCUCGCCGGCAUGCUGAGCAUCCUCAAAGCCGUCAACGACUCCAUGCACCAGAUCGCCAUCACGGGCUUCGAGGGAGACGUCCGAGACCUGGGGCGGCUGCUCAUGCAGGGCGCGUUCAGCGUGUGGGCCGAGAGCCGCAAGGGCCACAGCAAGGUGAAGGAGCUGGCGCGCUUCAAGCCCAUGCAGCGCCACCUCUUCCUCUACCCCAAGCUGCUGCUCUUCUGCAAGCGCCGCGAGGAGACGGGGGAGGGGUACGAGAAGGCGCCUUCCUACAGCUUCAAGCACGCCUUGAAGAUGGAUGGAGUGGGCAUCACUGAGGUGGCCAAGGGCGAUCAGAAGAAGUUUGAGGUCAGCUACAAUGGGCGUGAGGAGGUCUACACAAUACAGGCAUCCUCAGUGGAAGUGAAGACGGCUUGGGUGCAUGAGAUCAGAAAGGUUCUGACAAGUCAACUGGAAGCCUGCAAAGAGGCAAGUCAGCUGCAGCAGAGGAUCACGGACAUUUCCUUCCAGUCUCCCAUGAGCACCGGCACACCCAGUAGCCCUCUAAGAAACCAGCGGAAGAGCGGUUGGAGUCGAGUGAAAAGCCACUCGGAGCUCGUGACGAUUCGCAACAGCAACGACGGCAAAAACGCGCGUGCCUCGGAUCGCACAGCCCUCGACAACGCGUCCAAGAGAUUCACGAUUCCCAGCGCGCGAGCUCCCAGAGACUCCCAGAUUGACCUGUCCGGUGUGAAUCGUCGCUACUCGGCCGCCCCCGCUCUGGGGUGCUCUCCGAAGCGCCAGCCAUCGGGUAAAGAGCCUCCUGCGAGUCCGGCCAAGGCCAAACGGCACGAGGUGAAGAGCGACCCCACUCCUUUGGGCUACCGAGCCGCAGAGCCGCUGAUCUCCGCACUCGACAAGGCCAAGUGCUUCAGCACCGGGAACCUGUCUCCCACGUCCCACAUCCAGCCAGGGGACUGGCUGCCCAAGCCGGCGCCCACGGUGGACAACAACGAGGACUACGACGCGGGCUGGUCAAGCGCCGACGAGCUGAUCAACUCGUCCGAGGCCGAGGACGAGCAGUCCACCUCGCAGUACACGGCUCCCGGGGACUAUGAGGCUCAGACGGCAGAAGAGAUCACCUUGAAGAAGGGGGAAGGCAUCAUUCUGCUGAAGGAGGACAGCGAGGGAUACUGGCUGGUGAGGAGCAGUGUUUCACUCCGGGAAGGCCUCGUCCCGGGCUCUCACUUCAAGUCUCCCGGCAUCGACUCCAAGUCCUGCCAGUCGCUCAGCAGCUCCGGGGAGGGCUUCCCGCACUCCGAUGUUGAUGCCACUGGUUCUUCACGUUCUGCAGAUGUUGAUGCCACUGGUUCUUCACGUUCUGCAGAUGUUGAUGGCACCACAUCCGUCUAUUGCGCGGCGGUUGAUCUUACAACCCUCGGUCCGAACAGGCAACUGGACAUACGGACAGAGUCGGCAUCGAGCAACUGAAACCCCCUCCACUGGACCUUCGGUGGGUGGUGGCGGGGGAGGUGAUGAGAUGUCCAUCUGCUGAAGGAAGGAAAUGAAUGAUGCACAAACUGACCGCAGUCUCUAAGAAAGCACUGUACACGUAUAUGUUUUUUGUACGUCUUUGUUUAUUUCCCUUUUUAACUUCUCUGCUUUUUUCCGCCAAACUCAGGAUGCGAGGCCGGGAUGGGGGAGGGAGGAUGGGGUGGGGGGGGUAUCCGAAGAUGAGCGGAGGAGUACUGCAACGCAAUUUGAAAGAGCGUCUCGAUCCAGUUGAAAGCGUAAAGGUUUAGUUUUGUGUCACCGCCAGUGGCGUACACGCACACUGAUACGUCAUCACAUUUUGUUGUCCUUCCCCCGCACCUCCGAUUAAGGCGGUUGGCUACGUACGGUGCGAAAGAAGUUCAAUAUACAUACACACGGUGGGGAAACCCGUGGUCUUUCGCUGCAAGCCUGCCUCCUAUUGAGUUCAAGUGGCCAUUCUCGUAGGGUUGCCCACCUCUAGAGGUACAGAAAAACUGGGUCUUAUAGUGGGAAGGGAGAUCUACAUCUAACUGACAAAAAAAACCAGAGUGUUUAAUGCUUCACGUUCCGGGAAGACUUACAGAUAUUGCAGGACGGCCACCUCAAAAGAGAGGAUGAUCCUGGGAAAACCAGGACAGGUGGGCAAGGCUUUCAGGACUCAUCCACCACAAGUUUGUGGCGGAGGGACACAUUUGUGCCAAACGUGUGCCAAGUUUGUGGCGAAGCACCGUUGCAUGCAAUCGAAAUGCGUCGGUAACUGAAACUCUUUCCAGGCAUGGAUUUAUGUUAAGAUUUUUUAAAAGAAAAAGCGACUUGGCACAAACACGAGCAGGUUGACUGCUGUGCGUGGGUAUUCGCGGGUGCGCUGUUCAGCUGUCCAAAACGUGGUUAUUUUGGUUCGUGCCGCGCGCAUUUCGGUGUGACGGUCCCGACGUUUCGCGCUGCCGGGUGCCGCGAGCUUUUUCAUGCCGCUCCGAUUCGUGCACGUGGGAGAGCUUGUGCCGCGCAACCGCGAAAACCUUCGGAAGUAGUUUUCCUCUUAGGUGAUUGGUUGGGUUCGUGUCCUGUUUCGGUGCAACCCUAAACGGAUCGGAGAGAUAUUUUACUCAAUAAAAAACUGAGGCUCCCACAAGGCCACGUGCGGGAUGACGCGUGGCACAGUUUGGCGCCGGCUAUCACAUAGAAUGCGGUCGUGUCGCUGCAGUUCUCUGCGGUGAGUACAAAGUCUUAAAAAACAACGGCGCUACGCCUCUCUUAAAUAACAUGAACGCUGAACACGCUCGCACGUUGCAAGAUUCAGCGGUGAAUGGGACCCCUACCCUGCAGCUUGCAGAGAUGGCUCGGAACGGGAAAGGCUUAAAGGGGUUUGUUCCGUUUUUCGACUGCGUUUCAAUGCUGAGCUGUGGUUUUGCACGGCCGAUGCUGUCUCCUUCGCAAGCAGUUCCUCGGUUCCUUUGCCCAGCGCUCUGAAUGUUGCUAGAUCAGCCUCCACCGCAUCCUUCCUUGGAUUGCGCUGACGAUGGGGGCCAGCCAAGUUGGUGUUCUCGGCUGUUGUCUCUCGAGUGGCUUGUGACUGGAGGGUGUUUUUCACGCGAUACACGCGGCUCGCUCUCAUUGGUUGCCGAUACCUUUUCAAAUGGAGACCACGACAACCCGUGUGAGAGCCACAGCCCAGCAAUGGAAACACCACGAUGCAGGCCGUCACCGUGCAAUGCCACUGCACGGCCUGUGGUUUCCAUAGCCCGGCAGCGGAAGCACGUGGCGUACGUUACAACGUCACGUAUCCGUCACGUGUCCGAAACGGGUGUUUCAACAUAUCUGCAGUAUGUGAGCAGUUCGUACUGCUCACACACUGCACUGGGUGUGCACACUAGACGGCAGAUAUGUGACUGUCGGAUAUGCAACAUUGCACUGUGUACAUUGGCAUGCAUUCUAUCUGUUUCGACGCUCAGUCUACGCGGUGUCGUUUGUUCGUCCCAGCUUGGUGGUGCACGCUGGCAAGCCAGCGGUGAGAGGUUGGGAGGGUUGGUGGGUCGCGUGGAGAUGAACUGGAGGACAGGCAGCGUGCCCCUUUGGUGGUGGGAUGGCACGUCGAGGGUUGCACACAACAAAACAAACUGGGACAUAAGAUCGUGAGAAGAACAUCACAAUACCGGAAGAGGGGAGAAAACUACACGUGACUCCAUGUCUCGAGCGGUGUAUCGUUAUCAUUAUUGUUACACAAAUGAUGAAAAGCUGGACUUGUAAUGUCCCGGUAAGACUUACAGAUUGUGCUGGAUUGCUCGCAGUGUGGGAGAUAUUGUGAAGCCAGGAUGGCUCGCAACCCCUUCAGCAGCCUGUAGCCUGUGGGUAACCAAACAGCAUCCUGUAGGCAACCCGUAGUUUGUCUCAUCCCUCCGAGGCACGGGCCCUGCCCUAGCACGCGCGGCCACUUGACUUGGAACGAGCCUCUGUCGGCCUAUGCUGGUGGAGACGAGGCAGGCCUCUGCGUCUCUGUCCCCUGGACAGGCGCGCAGCUCACGCCGGCGAUGAUCGUGUUGGCCCCGCGUCGUAUGAGCCACGCUCAGGCGCCACGCGCGCGCUGCUGAAGGUGUUCGUUCCAUUUUCAUUGCCAUCACUGGCAACCCCCCCUCCCCCCCACGGCUGCAAUUCUUGAAGGUAUAGGGGUGAACCUUCACUAGAUGGUCAACCAUCGGAUAUCCGACCGUCACAUAUCCUCCCUGACGGAAGUAAUCGCCCCCCCCCCCCCCACACACACAACCAGCGCAGGAGAAUUUGUUUAACGGUGUAACUCGCUUUCUCUACACGUUUCACAAAUUUGACCUUCCUCGAGCGUUCGCGCGUCGCAAACCUGCGGCGGUCACCGUCGCCUCGCUCAACCCGCGACUCUCCAAGGACCGUCGCUUCGUUGACGUUCCUUACGAAGGACCGCCACCGAAUCGUAUUCACCACUUGCAUUGCGCGGCUCUUGAAAUGUUGAGUUGUCGUCUUUUUUUUUAUUCCACCGAAUUCGAAAUGAAAACGGCUGUCAGUUGUUUUUUUUCAGUCGCCCACCCGCCUGGCCUCGCGGCGGCUGCGUUUGCCACGUGUUGUGGAGGUUCGCGGUUCGAAUCCCAGCGGCCGCCCUGAUUAAUACUGCGGAUGGAUUAACCGUAAAUAUAAAUGUAUAUAUACAUAAAGCACGCCGUCUGAUUCACGGUGGACGUUAAAAGAGCCCGUGACGUCGUUGGCAAAGGGUAGGCCGCUGUGUGCCGGCGUCGCGGCCCAAAUAAAACAAAUUCCCAGCGAAAUUACUCGAUUAUAAAUGCUGUACUGUACGUAGUACAUGGCAAUCAUCGCCCCCCCCCCCCACCCUUUACUAAGAAAUCUGUGCAGGACCCUCCUGAAAGGAUCAUGAGACUUGCCCCCCCCCCCCCCGAGUAAACAUGCACAAUAACAACGGAUCAAAUAAUACCAAUUAUCAAUCAGACCUACUUGUGAAUGUUCACCGCGAUGUUGCUGGCUCGCUCACUUCAUAUUUGUUUUGAAAUCACUUCGCGACGCAGUAUUUAUUCACGACGACGACGGCGGCGGCCAUGUGAUCUCGAUGACACUGACAGCUGAUUUUCUUCCAGCUGUCUGAGCAGGGACUGGAUAAAGAGAACCCCCAUAUGCAAUUGACCGCCCCGACACAACGCUCCUCUGCGUUUCUCUACGGAACGAGUGUCCCCUUGGUCUGUCCCCUUGGUCUAAGCAACAUAAUUGUGGGAAGCCAACUCGAUACGAAACUCGGGAGGGUGCACGUGGGAUUUGGUGUCAGCGGUGUUCCGACCUGCGGUCGAUUUAUUUUCGUACUGUGUUCAUAGAAUCGCGUGAUUACGUUUUUUUGUUUCUUACCGUGCAGAAUGAAAACUCUAAGAAAAAACAAAUGUUUGCGAGUAUUGUAUUGUCUGCUCAUUAGCUGCGUAGACUUAUGACAAAUGGUUUGUCUUAAGGCAUAUGAUGAUGAUAAGCGAGUGAGCAUACUUUUUUAUAUGCAGCAAUCUUUGCAUUGCUUUAUUGAUAUUCCAAAAUUUAUAAAACUGUAAUCACUUUUGCAUUGCUCUUAAAAAGAAAAAAACCACACGAAAAUUAUAGAACCGUACUUCAUGUUUUAUGAAUUUUGUAUUUAUGUAUUUAUUGAUUUGAAUUAUUUAUUGGCAGUUAAAGCUCGUCUCUGUAUAUAUCAUUUGCACGACACUGAACUCACGGAAUUUAUAAACAUGCCAAUGU